AUGCACAUAUUCUCUGCUGCGAUCCUGCUGCUCCCACUCGCUCUCGCGCAUCAAGAUAGUCCUGCAUCACACCCUCAUCGACGACAUCAUGCUCGAGCCAUCGUCGACGCCAAUCGACCUAUCCCUCGAGCGGGCGCUGUCAUUGAUAACGGUACUCUCGCUUCAAUCUCGCAGUAUGACGCUCAAAUAUCAGCAACUCAAUCAUCAAUUGCAAGCAUCGCUCCCACUUCCACAACCAACGAUGAUGAUGACGCAGCUGUUACCAGUUCUGCAUCAAGCGCUGCUGAUAGUGGUAAAGCUGGAGUCGGACCUUCAACUACCGUAGUCCUCUCAGAUGCGGCAAGCUCCACUUUGUCAUCAACAACUUCCUCGGAUCUAGCUAGUCCCAGUGUUACAUCAGAUACAAGUAAAUAUCAGUUUCUUUCUCUUCCUCAUCCACCGAAUGAUUCAAGUACAAGUACAAGUUUAAGUACGAGCGCAAGUACAAGUCAUUUGUUAAUUCCAGUUUCAAGUUUCAUUUCAGUUUCAAGUAUGAACCCAAAUACAAGUACAAGCACAACUGACAAGACCUCUCACUUUUCUUCAACAGGUACAUCAACAUCAACCUCAACCCUUGCAUCUCCAACAGUCACUUCGACCGAAGCAGCACCAGUGACACUUUCUUCAAGCACGACUACGCCUGCAGCAGUUUCGACCACAGCUCAUUCUACUAUCGUUUUGGUAACCACCGCAUCGAAAACAUCAACCACUCACAAAGCAUCUUCAACUGCCGAAUCUGCUGAAACUGAAAAGAAAUCAUCUGGACUCAGCAAGACCGCUUUGAUCGCUAUUAUCGUUGUUGCCUCUGUCGUCGGUGCGGCAGGUAUCGGAUGGACACUCUUCAGGAAAUGGAAAUUGAGACCCUCCAACAGGUUCGGAAAGAAGAUGAAUCCUAUCGACUUUUCACCUCACAACAACGAUAUGAACGAUGACUUCUUCGAGAAAACACUUCAACGGACUGCUUCCAACUCUUCGGCAUCACGACAACGAAGGGAAUUGGUAGCUGAGCUUGAUGAUCCUCAUGCUGUCCCAGGUGUUCCCCCUCACGACUUUACAGCUGGUACUGCUGGUGUAGGUGCAGGUGUAGGAGCAGGAUAUGCAAUGUACAACCAAGAUCCAUAUUCUCAUGCUGAGCAAUACGACUAUGAAACAGCUUAUGAUCAACACCAACAACAUCCUCAAGGAGAUAUUUAUGAUCAACAUCAACAUCAAUAUCCACCUUCCGCAUACACGCAAGAUCCCCAAGGAUACGCUGGAUAUGUAGGUGCACCAACACAAGAUCAACCUAUCAAUGAUGGAUAUGCAGAUCUCCAAAGAGGAAAUAGUAUCGGAAGCGGAAGUGGACAUGGUCAUGGACACGUUCAAGCAUUACAUCAUGAUCAACAAGUCUAUCCUGGAGAACUGAGUUUCCCAUCCGCCGAUCAAUAUGGUCUCGGUAGACCAACAGGCGGCGCUGAAGGACCAUACGCUCAAGCAGCUCAGUAUAGAGGAUAUUAG